AUGAGCUGUAGAUGUGCUAACUUAGCGCAAACACUUGUUUUCUACGGCUUAUUCCCUACUGCUCCCUCCCAGCCCCGAAUGGUCAUAUCAGUUGAGCUGCUCGCCUUCUAUCGCUCUCUCUUUGAGCGUUCCUGUGAUGCCGUCAAUGCACUUGCAUCAGCACUUAAUACUCACUACAUCUGA